CUACCCUAAACAAAAUCAAGCUAUCAUCGACCAAGAAGAAAUGAUUAGUAAGGGACAAUAAUUAUUAAUAGGAAAACUUUUUUGAAACUUCCCUUUCAAAAACCACAAACAUGUCAAUUCUUCCCAAGGCAUCACAUUUUGAUGACAUUUGGGACAUUACAUCAUGCAUUUUGAUGAAUUUUGGGACAAUAUGAUCUUACUUACAAUGAAGAUACUUUAUCACCGAUAAACCGCAACAAUGGCAGAACCAGAAACGCUAGAAUUAGCCAAGCAAAGAUGCAGAGCGGUUAUCGACAUUAUCGAAACCCUACCUUCUUCCACCAACAUCACUGUUUCAAGUAGCAGAACUCUUCACAAAUUGGCUCUUCGCGAGCUCAAUUUCCUCUCUCGCUGCUCCUCUUCGUCUUCCACCCCUCUCAGCUUGAAUAUUGGGCAUCUCGAGGCCAUUGUUCACAUUCUUCAACACCCUUCCGUCACUGGAAUUUCACGUGUCUGUAAGCCGAUUCCAUCUUCCUGUUCGAAACCUGUUUAUGUUGAUAUAAUCUGUACUUUGGAUAAGAAUCCUGUGUGGGUUAUUGUAUCAGAUAGAAAACCUAGGUAUAUUUCUUGGUACAAGGGGCAUAGAAGUAAGGGCUUGAAAUCUCGACUUGAGGAAGUGAUCGAUGCGGCUCGCUCUUUGCAGGCCUUAGAACCUUGCUCGAUCAUCUUGUUUUUUUCGCAUGGACUUGAUCAGUUUAUUCUGGAAAAACUCCGAGAUGAAUUUAAGGCCAAUGAGUUUAAUUUCAAUUUCUCGGACUUCGAUUUUGGUUUCUCUGAGAUUGAUGGUGAUUGGGUUAAUGUGCUUCCGAGAAGCUAUGAAGAAGCACUUGUUCUUGAAAUAAAAGUUAAUGAUAGGAAGUGUGGGGUUACGAGUUUGAAUUACAACAGUACAGCAUGUUCUACUGGUGUGGAUGAUCCAGAAAUUUUGGACAACUAUGUCGAGAGAGAUAUUUGGGAUCCUUUUUGCUCUGUUGUUAUGGCGAUGAAACCUAAUCCUAUGAUUGGUAUCGAAGAUAUGGAAUCCGCGAGUUUGGAACAUUUUUUGGGUGGUGAUAAUGAUCUAAUAAAUUUUGAUACCACAGCGUUGAUUGCCUUAGUAUCCGGCAUUAGUAAUGGUUGUGUUGCUAAAUUAUUGGCUACCCCAGAGAGUGAAUUGAGACAGAAGUACAAGAGUAACUAUGAUUUUGUUAUUGGUCAGGCAAUGUCAGAAAUUGAGAAGCCUAUUCUUGUGGAGCUGAGUUCUCUUUUGACUGGAAAAAGAGGUAUAAUAUGCCAGAGUGUUCACUCUGAGUUCAAGGAACUAGUAACAAUGUGUGGAGGGCCAAAUGAGAAGUCCAGAGCAAACCACUUGCUAAAGCACAUUUUGGUUGUCCCAGACAUGGCAUCGAAACGUAUGACGUGUCUCCCGACCACGAGAAAGUUAGCUUUGAAGAACAAGGUUGUGUUUGGUACUGGUGACUACUGGAAUGCCCCGACCUUAACUGCUAACAUGUCAUUUGUUAGAGCAGUAUCACAGACUGGGAUGUCCCUUUUUACUUUUGAGCAUAGGCCGCGAGCUUUAACUGGGGAUUAGUUGUUUUGAUGCACACUUUUGUUUAAGAUGUGUUAUCUUUAUCUUGUUUAAGAUUAGUAGUUGGUUUCAAUGAUACGUGUGAGAUUUGAAUUUCUAA